AUGGAUCUACUAACAGUCCUACCUGGCUUCAAAACAAAACCAUACCAGCACCUUCUCCCAGCCCUCGAGCGGACCAAAAUCACCACCGUCGACCUUCUGACCAUCGAAUAUCUCGAAAUCGCGAAACGCGCCCAUGUUCCCCCCGCAGACAUUCGGCGGCUCUGCGACCGCGUUAUCGAGGCCCUGCAUGCCGACAUUGGCCUCAAAGAUUCCGAGCCAAUCAUAGAAGAUUCAGAUGAAGAGCCGGAUUCCAGUAUACGCCCAGCAAGUCUAACUCUUGGCCCUGCGACCAACCGCACGACGUCAGAAUGGAACACGAUCAGCACCCUGGACCUUGCGAUGGAUGACCUGCUGGGAGGCGGCGUCCCAACGGGAUAUAUUGUCGAAGUCACGGGUGAGAGUGGAAGCGGCAAGACCCAAUUCCUCAUGAGUCUCUGUCUAGCUGUUCAGCUGCCCAAACCGUAUGGUCUACGACGACGCUCAUUAUACAUCUCGACUGAGCAUCCAUUAUCUACGCCACGGCUUUCCCAGCUCAUAGAAUGCCACCCCAUACUCUCCACCUUGCCGGCCGAGGAAGCGCCCUCGCUCGAAGAUAUUCUAUCCAUAAACGCCAUGGACCUGGAAGCACAAGAUCACAUCCUGAACUAUCAGCUACCUGUUGCAAUCCAACGCUACAACAUCGGUUUAGUAAUUAUCGACUCAAUAACCUCAAACUACCGCGCCGAACAUUCAUCUACCGACGCCAUAGCCCUGGCUACACGCUCAAACGAGCUUGCAAAACUAGGCCACAUGUUACGCAACCUUGCUGUCGAAGAAGACAUAGCAAUCGUGGUCGCGAACCAAGUGUCUGAUCGCUUCGACAUGCCUGACAUACCGGACGACCCAGAUACUGACGAAGAUCCCUCGACACAAUCAGACGUGCCGAGCCAAACGGAAGAAGACGUUGACUUCCCCGUUGCAAUGUCACAGCAUCCAGUGUCCCAGCCUCCAAUGUCUCAGCCAGUCAAUAUCGACUUUGAAACUACUCAGCAACCACCUUCCGAUUCUCAAGACCCACCUUCAUCCUCUGCCAUCCCGUCAUCUCAAUUAUAUGGGUAUGACGAUGAAGAUGCAUUCCAAAAGUCGCAUUGUGACACCGACCUCACACUUGAACAAGCCAUGAGUGUCAACCUCCAGGAACGAUUCUUCACUGGCUGGGGCGAUGAUUUCUCACCUCAUACAUCCCUAAAAAACCCAGCCAUGGGACUAUUCUGGUCGAGCCAGAUUGCUUGUCGCAUUGCGCUGAAGAAGGAGGAAUCUGCGCCAAGGGUUGCUGCAGGUGCAUAUCUGGCAUUUACACCGGAAACAGAAGAAGCCACCGAGCCAGAAAGUACAGACGAAAAGCCUAUUUCGGCAUCUGAGUUUCUCAGGUCUUCUCAGGAUCAACCAAACAUCGACCAAGAUGUCGAGCCGAGAGAUAUCCCCGCUCCAGAUUUCAGGGAUAGAGCAAGCCCUGAUUCCCAGCUUGAUCCCCAGCUUGAUCCCCAGCUUGAUUCCCAGGAUAGAACAGCUCCGGGCUCCCAGGACCAAGAUCUCAACCACAUUCCCGAUCGUGUCACAAGGAGAACGAUGAAACUAGUCUUUUCGCCUUGGACAGCUGGACCAACAGAAGAAGAAGAGUAUCCCUUACCACAAACUCCACCUGGCAGACCAACCGGGCCACCGACCGACGAGGUAGAUUUCGAGAUCUGGGCCGGCGGACUGCGGAGUGUCAGCUACGCAGAAUGA